CGGCGCGCAGGCAGAACACGGCACGACCGUGAACGCGCAGCCGAACCAGGAAGUCGUGAGUCUGCAGACGAACCUUCUGAAGUGACGAGUCCGCGGGCCGAUGUGUGUUUUGUAGCACAGGAUGCCAGUUGAAAGCCUGGAGGAGAGGACGGUGGAGGUGCUGCUGCUGCCUGAGGGAGUCGAUGAGGAGCUGCUGUAUCUGUACUUUGAGAAUAAGCGCCGCUCUGGGGGAGGCCCACUCGUCUCCAUUGAAAAAAAGGGCGACCGUGCCAUAUUGGUGUUUGAAGAUGCGGAAGCUGCAGCCCAAGUGCUGUCCAAAGGGCACCAUGUUCUGCAUAAUGUUAAGCUGAGCGUGAGAAAGCCUGCCUCAAAGGACCAAUGCAGACUGUUGCUGCGGGGGAUCAACCCCAACACCAGCAUUGAGAUGAUAGAACUCUUUGUGGAGAACAAGAUGGGGUUGAAUGCGAAUGACUACCACCUGUAUCCCUCAUCGGGGAGGGAUGUUGUCCUCAUUCAACUCAACCAACCCUUGUCAGAAGAUUUCCAAACCCUCUGUGCGAAGGUCUCCAGGAGGACACUGGAAGGGGCCAAAGUAACACUUGAACAGACUGAGCAAACAGACUCUGUUUUAGUGGAGAAGCUUAACCCUGGCACCACUCAAGAGCUGCUCAUGCUUUACUUUGAGAGCACGCGAGGUGGCGAUCAGAGGGUGAAGGACGUCACCAUGCUAUCAGAGGGGACAGCAAAGGUUUCUUUUGUCCACCAUGAAUCUUUAGGCCCUGUCCUGAAUCAACAACACAAACUGGACGGUGCUGAACUCCUCGUGAAGCCGUACUUUGACUUUCUUCAACCGACAGAAACAACAUCACAGAACUCUGGAAGUGGAAGCCAAGAUAUAACUAACAGAAACUCUGAGGAUCUGGGUGAUAUUCAGAUGCAGACCAACGAUGACAGUCAGUCCUCUUCUCAGACAACUUCUGAGCCUCUCGCUGCGAGGGUGAAGGAACCAGCUAAGGGCGUGGUUAAACAAUUCAGCCAUAUUGCUAUUGCUGACCCAGUGAAAUUAGCUUUGUUUCAACUUAGCCCCCUUUCACAGGAUAUUGUCAAGGCUCACCCAGAUUUCGCCAUCGAAGUAAAAGAUGACGGCCUGCUCAUUGAAGGAAGUGACAAACAGAAGUUGAAGCAGAUAAAACAAACCAUUAUGGACUUUCUUGGCAAUAUGGUUAAAACUCAUUUCACCCUCGAGCCAGAAAAGGCUCAGUUCCUUGAAAGAAAAGAAGUAAAAGACAGACUACAGCAAACCAUGAAUCAAACCGCGUCACCUACUAUUUACUCUGUAUCAGAUUGUGAAGUUGUGGUCACAUCGCUGUCCCAGAACUCGGCUCACCAGGCGUUCAGCUUUUUAACGUCUCAGAUGUGUCACUUCAGCAUACCGUUGGAUAAGGAAUAUGAAUCCAUGUUAUAUUGCAGAGAGUGGUCUGAGUUCCUGCAGGCCCUGGAUUUCUCCUCUGUUAAGGCGUCAGAGCGAGGAGGGAACAUUGAUGUGUUGACUCUGAAAGAGAUGGAGAGCGAGAAGCGAACUGCAAUCCUGAAAUUUCUUUCCACGCCGAUUGAAAGGGAGACUGUGAUCACUAUGGAGCCAGGUGCACUGAAAUAUAUCCAGAACCAUUGUCAUCAGCUGCUGGCUGACAUGGACCAAGUUUCUAUUUUUCCACUAGAGGCAGAUGACAUCUGUGGUUUAAAGAGCUUUUUUGAAGCUGCUUGGCAGAUGUUGUCGCACAGAAACUUUCAGAGACUGUCUGUGGAUGUUCCUGCAAAGGAGUUACCAGCAGAUUCAAUGCAAACUGAUGAAAAUGAAGCUAUAGACAAAGGCCUUUUAGAGGAGGCAAAGAAAAUCGUCUCUGCCAUUGAUGGAAGAGUUGAAGAGAAUUUGUACACUUCAGACCAAGCCGAUGACAUGGAUAACGUAGACCUGUACACAGCAGAGGAGCCGAUUAGCCUGGUAGACCAGAACUCUGAUGUGAUGGCCUUGGAUGGUUCCCAGUCCUCAGCAGAAGGGAACUCUGCGAGUGCCCAGGGUCAUUAUCGUAAUCUGAAAGAGGAAGCCCAGCUGUCCUUAGCUAUCCAGUACUCAAUGGAGUCAAGUCAGUGGUCCCUGGAGGAUGAGGAGGAACAGCUGCAAAAAGCCUUGGAGCUGUCCAGGAACAUGAUCGACCAUGAAGCGUUUUCGAGUGCUGCUGAUAAGAGCCCCCGACCCAGAGUGAAUAAGCAGAAGAAGGACAUCAAUGUUUCUUUACAGGAAACCAUCAAGGCAGCCAACACCAUCCAGUUAGUUGUUUUUGCAGGUUAUAUGUCUGAUCUGACUCGAGUGGAAAUCGCCUUUGGGAAGAAGGUCUCUCAGAAGCAGUUGGAGGAGAAAAUUGAGCACAAGAGUGUGAGGAAAAUGUCUGAGUACCACAUGAAGUGUUUGGAGAUGAUCCAGAGGAAGCAUUCAGUCGAUAUUCAAGUUCAGGGGACCAUAAUCACCGUUUCUGGAUUCAAGCACUUUCACCCGGGUGCAGUGUGGGAUGUGAAGCUGCUGCUGGAAAAACUCGAGAAUUCUGUAUCCAGGCAGGAAAUCCUGAGGACUGUGCAGUGGGUGGUACAUGAUCAAGCCUCCUCAGACACAACUCCAUACUCACCUGAUGCCAUAGUAUUCAUCGAGAACGCCUGGAGGAUGAAGCUGAAGAAGCUUGACAUCUUACUGGACAAUCAGCCCCACGUUAUCAACUUUGAAAAGAUGACGGAAUGCAACGUAGCUUCGGAGAAAACUGCUAAAAUCUCCAGGAAACUUCUCGAUUUGGGGGAUUUGCAAGAGGAAAUACCAGAAGAGGAAUACUCCCUGCUGUCAAACAUGCCUGAAGCCACCAAAGUCAGUGAGGAUUCGGAUGAAUUUCAGAAUGUGGUGAAGAAUUUCUAUGAGACCAUCCAGGAAUACCAUAGCAAGAUCAGAAUCAUACAGGUGGAAAAGCUCAUGAAUCGACUGCUGUACAAUCAGUUCAAGUUAAAGAAGGCGAGCAUAGUGCAGCGUGCCACUUACCCAGAAGUAGAACGGACUCUUUACCACGGCACAAAUGAGAAGAGCGUGAAGGAGAUAUGUGUUCAUGGAUUCAACAGAAGCUUCUGUGGAAAGAAUGCCACAGUCUACGGCCAGGGGGUCUAUUUUGCUGUCAACUCUGCCCUGUCGGUUCAGGAUCAGUAUUCACCCCCAAACGCAGACGGACACAAGUUUAUUUUCGUGUCGAAGGUUCUAACUGGAGACUUCACUAAAGGUUGCCAUUCAAUGAAGACCGCCCCGUUGAAGGAGAGCGACGAUAUUCCCCUCAGAUACGACAGCGUCACCGACGACAUCACCAAGCCGACGAUGUUUGUCAUCUUCAACGAUACGCAGGCUUUUCCAGAAUACCUCAUUACGUGCCAGAGAAUCCACCGCUAACGGAACGCACCAGCUGUUAGAUAACAGGCAAAAGAUUUGGAGAAGGGACUGCUUUUUGUUUUUAUUUUCAUGUCUUGCCUUGAUUUAAAAAGUGUGAAGGCUUCGUAAAGGGCUCAUGUACUAUAGUGUACAGUUUAUUUUUUGAUUAUUUUUGAAUCACUAUGCUGAUUGUUCGCAAAUUCUAUUUUCAGUUCUGUCAGGUUUGUCAGGAGAAACACAAACUGUGCAACAUAUAACAUUUUAAAUAAACAACUUAAAACAUUGUGUUCCUUCACAUUAAGGAGCAAGGUCUUAAAUGUUCAGUGUUUAAGAUUUAGGUGAAAGUGAUCUAUAGGCAAAAAUUCAAUAUAACAUAAUCCGA